AUGCAAAUUGAAGACCUGUUUACAUUGGUUUUGUUUGUUUUUGCUUGGAAAUUUGAUCAAAUCUGUUCCUUAACGAAUGAAAAUACUUGUACACCCGCAUCGGCUGGGAAUAGUUCUAUAGAUGACGUACCUGCUAUUAACACCGCUUUGUUAACAUGUGGCAACGGAGGAACGAUUAUCAUCUCUUCUAACACAAUAUUCAUGAUUCGAAGUCCGCUUGACUUCAUGAAUUGUCGACAAUGCAACUUUCAAAUCGAAGGAACGCUUAAAGUAUCGGAUGAUCUCAAUUACUGGAAUGGGAAAACAGCAUUUAUCCUAUUACAAAAUAUCAUUGGUGCAACCGUUGAAUCGUUAACUGGAACAGGAGUUAUUGAUGGAAGCGGACAAGCAUACUGGGACUAUUUUGCCAAACAUAAAACCUAUAAAAGGCCUCUACUGAUGUUCUUCAGCAAUGCUUCAAAUAUUACGUUCAGUAACGUCAAACUGAAAGAUGCCCCGACGAUGUUCGUCACCGUCAAGGAUAAAUCGUAUAAUAUUUCCUUCUCCGAUUUGAUUUUAAGUGCUGUGUCGACUUCUACCAAUGAUCCUAAGAACACUGACGGCUUUGACAUCGGUGAAUGUUCUUAUGUUAUGUUAAAUAAUAUUCACGUGACAAACGGCGACGAUUGCGUGGCGUUUGAAAAUGGUGCAAACUACAUCACGGUCAACAAUAUCACUUGUAUUGGAUCGCAUGGUGUAUCUGUCGGAAGUCUCGGUCUAGGUGCUGGAGAGACGUAUGUAGUGCAAAAUGUGUACGUAUCUAAAAUCAAGAUGAUUAAUUGCUCCAAAGCAGCUGGUAUCAAAUUGUGGCCUGGAGGUUCAUCUCAUGGAUCGGUAUUCGUGUCCAAUGUGAUAUAUGAUGGUGUGAUCGUGGACAAUUGCGAUUACGCUUUUCAGAUCAUGAACUGUUAUGAAUCGGAGAGUAAAACAUGUGAGAAACAUCCGUCGACAGCUCGACUCUCCCGAAUUCAUCUGAUGAACUUUACGGGGAAAACAUCAAGAAAAUACGAACCUCACGUUGCCAAUAUCGAUUGUCCACCGAACGGAACUUGUGAUUUAACGUUUACAGGAUGGGAUAUUAUCGCUCCGAACCGAAAAUCAGUUGUUCUUUGUGCUCACUAUGAUCAUCCUUCUGGUGUAAAAUGUACACCAGGUGCUUUCGGGUGA